UGUCCCCAGCAUCUAGCACAUAGUAGGCAUUCAAUAAUUGCUUGUUGAAUGACUGAAUCCCUAUUUCAUUGUCACCUUUUCCUUUCUCCCCAUAGGUAGGAGAAAUAAGAGAGAGAGAGAGCAAAGUCUCAUGGGAAAUAGCACUGAAGUGACAGAGUUCAUUCUCUUGGGACUGACAGAUGACCCCAAACUCCACCUCCCUCUCUUCCUAGUAUUUUUGUUCAUCUAUCUUUUCACACUUGUAGGGAACUUGGGAAUGAUGGUGCUCAUCCAUUCUGACUCCCGCCUGCACACUCCAAUGUACUUUUUUCUCAGUAAUCUUUCCUUUGUUGAUCUGGGUUACUCCUCAGCUGUAGCUCCUAAGGUGGCUGCUGCCCUCUUCUCAGGGAAUAGGGUUAUCUCCUACUCCGAGUGUGCUGCCCAGUUCUUCUUCUUUGUUGGGUUUGCCACGGUGGAAUGCUACCUCCUGGCUUCCAUGGCCUAUGACCGCCAUGCAGCUGUGUGUAAGCCCCUCCAUUACACCACCACCAUGACGGCGAGUGUGUGCAUUUGUCUGGUCGCUGGCUCCUACAUUUGUGGCUUUCUGAAUGCUUCAAUCCAUGCAGGAGAUACCUUCAGCCUUUCUUUCUGUCGUUCUAAUGUAGUCCAUCACUUUUUCUGUGAUAUCCCCCCACUCUUAGCUCUCUCCUGCUCUGACACCCACAUCAGUGAGUUGGUUGUCUUCUUUGUGGUUGGUUUCAAUGUCUUCUUUACUCUCCUGGUCAUCUUGAUCUCCUACCUGUUCAUCUUCAUCGCCAUCCUAAGGAUGAAGUCAGCUGAAGGCCGCCAGAAGGCCAUCUCCACCUGUGCUUCCCACCUCACUGCUGUCUCCAUUUUCUAUGGGACAAUCAUCUUCAUGUACUUACAACCUGGCUCCAGCCACUCCAUGGACAGUGACAAGAUAGCAUCUGUGUUUUACACAGUGGUGAUUCCCAUGUUGAACCCUGUGAUCUACAGCCUGAGGAACAAGGAAGUCAAAAAUGCCUUUAGCAAAAUGAUCAAACAGGUGAGGUUUUCUAGGAAUACCUAAACUUUCCAGCAAAUAGGGAAAUUUCACCUCCACCACAAAUGGGUGUCUUUGACCAAGUCACUUACACUGAAUGGGCCUCAGUUUCUUCAUGUGUAAAUUGGAGGGGGAUUGGACUAGAUGACCUCUCAGUUCCUUUAUUGUUCUAGGCCAAUGGUCCUAAGAAUCUCAGGGUGUGAACUCAUUAAAGCAAGAAUGAGAAUUCCCUCCACUAUCAGAGAUUUGUGGCAAAAUGGAUAGAAUACUAGGCUUGGAAUCAGUGAGACUCAUCUUUAUGAGUUUAAAUCGAGCCUGUUUACUUACUGUAUGAUC